UAAAUUGGCGCGUCACCUAGACGUCAGCCUCGCGCCUCUCGGACGUCCCGUCCCGGGAGCAAAACUCCGGCGACUUUGGGCCCCGCCCAGUAAGAGCGGAGGGCGGCCAAUGAGGGCGGUUCUGAAGGGAACGGGGCCAAUAAGAUGAGACCGGGGCGGGGCGCGGGGCCGGAGGGUGGGGCGGGUGGCGGCGGUGGCAGGCUGAGGUCUGGCUGCGCGCAGUAUAUGACAGUACGUCAGCAGCGGGAUGGCCGUAGCUGUGGCGGCGGCUGCAGAAGCCCGAGCAGCCGCGGCCGCAGUGGAGGCUAAAGCCCUAGCGGCGUCGGCGGCGGCACCCCGGGGAGUUUAAGAUGGCGGCAGGGGGGGCAGCGGGCCUGCAGGAGGAGCAACGCUACGGACUGUCGUGCGGGCGGUUGGGGCAGGACAACAUCACAGUACUGCAUGUGAAACUCACCGAGACGGCGAUCCGGGCGCUCGAGACGUACCAGAGUCACAAGAAUUUAAUUCCUUUUCGACCUUCAAUUCAGUUCCAAGGACUCCAAGGGCUUGUCAAAAUUCCCAAAAAUGACCCCCUCAAUGAAGUCCAUAACUUUAACUUCUAUUUGUCAAAUGUGGGCAAAGACAACCCACAGGGCAGCUUUGACUGCAUCCAGCAAACAUUCUCCAGCUCCGGAGCCUCUCAGCUCAAUUGCCUGGGAUUUAUACAAGAUAAAAUUACAGUGUGUGCAACAAAUGACUCGUAUCAGAUGACACGAGAAAGAAUGACCCAGGCAGAGGAGGAAUCCCGCAACCGAAGCACAAAAGUUAUCAAACCCGGGGGACCAUAUGUAGGGAAAAGAGUGCAAAUUCGGAAAGCACCUCAAGCCAUCUCAGAUGCAGUGCCUGAGAGGAAAAGGUCAACCCCCAUGAACCCUGCAAAUACAAUUCGAAAGACACAUGGCAGCAGCAGUGUCUCUCAGCGGCCAUAUAGGGACAGGGUGAUUCACCUACUGGCCCUGAAGGCCUACAAGAAACCUGAGCUGCUUGCUAGACUCCAAAAAGAUGGUGUCAAUCAAAAAGACAAGAACUCACUGGGAGCAAUUCUGCAACAGGUAGCCAAUCUAAAUCCCAAGGACCUCUCCUAUACCUUAAAGGAUUAUGUUUUUAAAGAGCUUCAAAGAGAUUGGCCUGGAUACAAUGAAAUAGACAGACGGUCAUUGGAGUCGGUGCUCUCUAGAAAACUAAAUCCGUCUCAGAAUGCUGCCAGCACCAGCCGUUCAGAAUCUCCAGUAUGUUCUAACAGAGACGCUAUAUCUUCUCCCCAGAAACGGCCUUUGGAUUCAGAUUUUAUUGAUCCUUUAAUGAAUAAAAAAGCCCGAAUAUCUCAUUUGACGAACAGAGUACCGCCAACACUAAAUGGUCAUUUGAAUCCCACCAAUGAAAAAUCUGCUGCAGGCCUCCCACCGCCCCCUGCAACUGCCGCCAUCCCUACCCCUCCGCCACUGCCUUCAACCCACCUGCCCGUCUCACAUCCGCCCCAGAUUGUAAAUUCUAACUCCAAUUCCCCUAGCACUCCAGAAGGCCGGGGGACUCAAGACCUACCUGUUGACAGUUUUAGUCAAAAUGGUAGCAUCUAUGAGGACCAGCAAGACAAAUAUACCUCUAGGACUUCUCCAGAAACCUUACCCCCUGGUUCAGUUCUAAAGUGUCCAAAACCUAUGGAAGAAAACCAUUCAGUGUCUCACAAAAAGUCCAAAAAGAAGUCUAAAAAACACAAGGAAAAGGACCAAAUAAAAAAGCACGACAUUGAGACUGUUGAAGAAAAGGAGGAAGACCUUAAGAGAGAAGAGGAAAUUGCCAACCUAAGUAACUCCAGUCUGAAUUCCAAUGGAGGAGUUAAAGAGGGUUGCAUUGCCUCCACGAAACCUUCAACAAUUGAACUCCCAGAUUAUUUGAUAAAAUAUAUCGCUAUUGUCUCCUAUGAGCAACGCCAGAAUUACAAGGAUGACUUCAAUGCUGAGUAUGAUGAGUAUAGAGCUUUGCAUGCCAGGAUGGAGACUGUAGCUAGAAGAUUUAUCAAACUAGAUGCGCAAAGAAAGCGCCUUUCUCCGGGCUCAAAAGAGUAUCAGAAUGUUCAUGAAGAAGUCUUACAAGAAUAUCAGAAGAUCAAGCAGUCUAGUCCCAAUUACCAUGAAGAAAAAUACAGAUGCGAAUAUCUUCAUAACAAGCUGGCUCACAUCAAAAGACUAAUAGGUGAAUUUGACCAACAACAAGCAGAGUCAUGGCACUAGACCUCUGCUUGGACCAGAAGAUGUGAAUAAACUUAAGCUUAUUUAUUUAAAAUUCCAAAUGAGUUGCUCUAGAUUCUAAAAAGAUGAAACUUUGUCUGUUGAAAAGUUUCAGUAUUAGUAAACAUGAGUUACUUUUUUUUGUUUUUUUCCAUUUUACUUUGCUUCCCUGCAUUUCGAAGCUGCUUUUUCUGGUCCUUUUUCUGCCCCUCAAGACUUGUGUUUGUUAAUAGAAAUAAUUUUUUAGGUAUUGAGGAUCAGUGUCUAUACUUCAAAUCAGUUUUUUUUUUUCCUCAAAAACUUGUGUUUGUCAUUAGAAAUGAUUUUUUAGAUAUUGGGGAUCCAAUGUUCACACUUAAAAGUUGUGUGUGUUUAAAAAAAAAAGUAAUGUGCAAGGUGAAAUGCUUUUGGAUAAACAUAAGCCUAUUUUCUGACCUUUCUUAAUGCAAACUCUUUGCCUUAAAUGGUAGAAUAUUUAGAAAUUUGCACAAAAUACAAAAAAAAAAUUAAAACAUUGUCUUGGAGGGUUAAAAAAUAGAAAGGUAUACAAGUAUGUAUAUGUGUCUAGAUUUACAUACACAUAUGUAUUUACAGACUGACUCAAUCUAGAACGUUAAAUCCACCCUGCAAGUUAACCCCCCAUUGCAAUGGUUGCCUUAAGGUGUUUGCUAGUUAUGUACAUAGUGUGGUUAAUCAUUAGCUACACUGCUUCCCACUUGAUUAAAGCAACGGGAAGCAUACCGUGGCCUACCAGCGUCUGGAAGUGUGUGCUCAACCUGUAUGUGUGCAGAGGUGGUGUGGAUGUGAGCGUGCAUGAAGGAAAAAAAGCUGCUACUCUCAGUAGGCCAAACGCUCAGGUUAAACAACUGACGAGUGUUACUGUAGGGUUUGUUUUGUUUUUUUGUUUUGUUUUUUUUUUUUUCUGUCAAAUUGCUACUUCUUUUGUGGAAGACAAAAGCAUUUCCAUUUCAACAGUUUGUCAGCUUUAUUAAUGUUGGGCAAAAAUUGAUAUGUUAUGAAAAUGAAACAGAUCUAUAGUUUUGGGGCAAAAUGAUAAAAUUAAAUGUGUAGGUAACCUAUUUAUAUACUGCUAUAAAGUAUUUUUUGAAGAGAGAUAUGCAAAGAAGCUAUUACCUACAUGAGAUGUAUAUUUAAAGAUUUUUUUUCAUCCUGGAUGCCAGGAAUAUAAAGAAGAGUGGAUAUAUUUAACCAUAACAUACUGUGAUUCAUCAAACAGCACAAGCUUUCAUUUCAUGGAGUUUAUCUGUUGACGUUGAUUUAAACUAUCACUUGUUUUAUCUUGUGGGAACAUAAGUUAUGUGGUCAAAAAUAUAAGGAUUUUGAACUAAUGUUGAUUCAAGUUGUGUUGUCUUAUUGUAUUGUCUUUUCAAAGUGCUGCCAGUUGAAAAGGGAAGCAUUAUGUUUACAAAUCUGUUUUGAAAUGUUUGCCAAAAUUUUGGUAGUGUCUUUAAUAAAGAUAUUUGUCUCCAGCAUCCAGAAAAAUAAAUAAGUAAUGUUGUUGUGUAUCACUGUAAACCAGAAAAUGUUAGUAUCUAAAAACUAUGAGAGCGUGUGGAUUAACUUUUCUCUUUAGAGUUUUUCUAAAACAUUAAGUGGAAAGACUAGAUACUAUAUUAAAAGUAUACACAAGUGUACAGACUAUACAAAGACUGAAACAAGAUCCUUUUGCACUACAACUCUAUAACAUUACUGCAGAAAUUUUAUUUCUAUGUCGCAUGGACCGCUAGAGAAUUGUUUCUUUUAGCAUUGAGAUCCCUGGUGCUCUUCCUUUUACCUCAAAAUUGGUACAAUCAUUAUUAAAUGUUAAUUUAUUUCAAACUUUCAAUUGAAAAAAGAAAGAAAAGGCAACUUAAUUGGGGAUAAAUUUGGUCCUCAUAUUAUUAUGGUAGAGUCUCCUGAGGGGUGUGUCUAUACGUAAUGACCUAUUUCUUAGAUAUCUUAGCCUUUUAAUCAAAGAUUGUGUGCUAUUUGCUAUGAGCAAUGUUUCUCAAAAGCAAGGUGCUCGGACCAUUUGCAUCACCCAAAUUAGAAUCUCUGGGUAUAGGGACCCCAAAUAUCUGCAUUUUCACAAAUUUUCCUGUAGGUGACUUUUACAAGCUAAAGUAUGAGAACCAUUGGCUUGGAUGUAGCUCUAAACUUAGUUCUUGAAAUCUUGAAAUCUUGAAUUGAAGGUCAGCUGUUGACUUUUUUUUUUUUAAGCCCAUCACUAUGAGCAGGUACAAAUCACUUUCCCCCUGUGCAUGAUCUGAGGUGCCCCCUCAGUUGUUUCACUGCCAACUCUUAUGUCAGAACCUGUUUACAAACAAGCCCUCCAGUUGGUUAAUUGUUAGCCAAUUAACCUGUCCUCUACAUCAGCACGUCUUCUGGUUAACACGUUGGGUAACAGUGGAAGCUGGAGAUGCUUAAUGGAAAUCCAGCAUUACACACCCUUAGACUUGACCACGUACCAGUAAAAGCCUUAAUUUAGAUUUUUGUUGUAUACAUUGGACAGAUCUUACAAAAUGUUUAUCUGUGUAUUGCAAAUUUGAGAGUUAUAAAUCGCUGGAUCUGCUAUUACCCAAGGUUGCAUGUCUUUUGACUAUGGGCAUGAGCCUAUUAAAAUAUUUAUAAUCAUUUUUCAUCACCUACUGCAAGAUCUUUACAUUCUUGCAAAUGAUUGCUGUAGGAAUGGGUGGCCACUUGGUAUCAGUUACUCUGAUGGAAGAUUUUAUUUCAUUUUUUGGAGAACAGUGUGUGUAAAAAUUGUAAUUAGAGAAUGAGUUGUGUUGUUUUUUCCAUCACAUUUCAUCUAAAAUAAUUGGAAGGAGUCUUUUUACCAACACCCUUAAAUCAACUCCAGACUAAAUGAGCAGCUGAUUUAAAAUAAACUAAAAGAAUAUAUUAACUAGAUGUGGACUUUUUUAAAAACGUGGGUAUUUCAACUCCUACCUUAUUAGUUAUUUCCCUUGGAAUACUUUAGAGGGGUUAACUUUCAACUCUCUAAGUAGUAAAGGAUGUUUAGUACUUACUUUCACAAAAGUGAUUGGUGUGGCGAGUUUGUAUUUCAUGCAUUGAUUAUAAAUUCAGUAUUAAUUUUCUUUCCUCUCUGAUUGAUCUUAUAACCUUGGCAGGAGUUUUCUUUUCCCUUAAAGUGUUUCACUUUAUUACAUGAAACAAAUGCAUACUCGCAUGUUGGAAGCAAGAUGUUGAAAUGAGGUUUGGGCAAAAAUGGUCCAUCAAUUCAGACACUCUCCUUGGGUGCCUUACCCUUUCCGUUACUGCGUGCUUUGCUUCUGGAACUUGGCGGAAACUCUUUAGCCAAUUCGUUUUAUUUCUAGCAAUAUGAGUGUGAAGUCACGUAUGCUUGGUAUAUGCCUUUACUACUUCUGAAGUUCUAUAGUUUAUUACUUGCCCAAGUGUUACUAAAUCCUUUUCUUAUGUGUACUGGAUGAGAAAAAAAUUCUAGCCAGCACUUUGAGAGGAACAUUUUGGGAAAGGAUAUUGACUGGCACUACUAAAUGAAGGCUGCAGAGGAUGUUGUCAAUGUUAUGUUAUUUGUAACCUGAAAAUUGAGCAAGGGUAUGAGGCUCAUUUCAAACGAUUUUGAAGUGUUAAAAAUAUAUAUAUAUAUCUAUGCUGUUUCUCAGCUGUUCCACCCAAACCAUAGGACUCUCAAAGGUAAAAUGUCACAGGGGCUUUUCAGUUGUUACUGAGCUCAGUUAUGGUGGUCCCUGUUCUACACCAAUUUCAGUUCAAUAAAAAUGUUAACUUUGCAA